CCUCGUUGCAGAAUUUUCUUCUGUAAUUCGACUCCGUCGUUCUCAGUUGUCACGUCUUUGAAAGAUUCAGAGCCCUUCUUUAGUUCUGUUGGAAAAAGACCAGAGAGUUCAGUUGUUUGUUCUGAGAGUAGAGAGGUAAAGUGUAUUCUUCUUCUUCUUCUUAUUUCCGUCUAAAAUGGCUUCUUCAUCAACUUCUGCGGUUUCGGAACGGAGGGGCAUUCCAGCAGCUGCAUUCGUAGAGGAUGUUCAAACAUAUCUCACACAAUCAGGCCUGGAUGUCAACUCUUCCCUUGCGUUUCUUCAAGAAAGACUUCAGCAAUACAAACUGGUUGAGAUGAAGCUUCUUGCUCAGCAGAGGGAUCUUCAGGCAAAGAUACCUGACAUCGAGAAGUGCUUAGAUAUAGUUGCCACAUUGCAAGCUAAGAAGGGCACUGGUGAGGCGCUGAUUGCUGAUUUUGAAGUAUCUGAAGGCAUAUAUUCACGGGCACGCAUCGAGGACACAGAUUCUGUCUGUCUAUGGCUUGGAGCAAAUGUCAUGCUGGAGUACUCAUGCGACGAGGCUACUAAUCUUCUACAAAAGAAUCUAGAAAACGCAAAAGCCAGCUUGGAAGUCCUUGUUGAUGAUCUCCAUUUCCUGAGGGACCAAGUGACAGUAACUCAGGUUACAAUUGCUCGGGUUUAUAAUUGGGAUGUUCAUCAGCGCAGAAGCAAGCAAGCUGCUGCAGCUGCUGCAAAAGACUCCUGAAGUGAAGGUCCUACCAUGAGAGGCUGAUCUGGCUUUUCUGGUCAUUAAUGUGUUGUUCAAUUAAAAGUCAUGUUUUCUUUGUCUAGGGCUAAUGGAUUAUCAUCCCUUACACCUAAUUCAUUGCAAUAUCUAUAAAAUGAGAUUUCUUGCCCGUUUGAUCUGGUCCCAUGUUCUGUUUGGCCAAGAGAUUUAUAUAACAAACAAGAAAUCAAGAACCAGUUUGGAUUUAUCAGGAUGGGCUUUAAGCGAACUUCAAUGUACUUGUAUUUUUAAAGUUUAGUGUAACUUGAGGCUUACGGAUGCACUUAAUGCUGUGUAACAUGUUGAUGUUUCACUGAAAUAGAUUUAUAGAAGAGCGGAUUAAAUUC